UCCCGCUCGUCUGCAUCCCGCUAGCUCCUAAAACGCCGACAUGACAUCCAUUAGCUCUGCUCAGUGAUAAAGACAAACGUGACCAGCGGGCUUCGAGUGGCUGUUACAUAAAAUACACAACCAUGCGACGUUUGGGGUCAGUUCAGCAGAAGAUACCGUGUGUUUUUCUGACGGAGGUGAAGGAAGAACAGUCCAGAAAACGAGACCGUCAGCAAUUUCACGUUGUUGCCACUGAAAACGUGAACCCUGUUGCUCUGGAGGCGAACAUUGAUUGUGCACUCACCACAGAAAAACUAGAUGGCACUUGCUGUUAUGUUACAGUUUAUGAAGGGCAGCCUUACCUCUGGGCUAGGCUCGACAGGAAACCCAAUAAACAGGCAGAGAAGAGGUUCAAAAAGUAUCAGCAUUCUCAAAAGAGCUGUAAAGGAUUCACAUGGAAUGUAGAGGAAGAUUUUAAGAGGGUGCCAGAGACGUGGAUCCCAGCCCACAGAGUCAAACACCACAAUGGCCAUCCAGUGCCUGAUGAGCACGGACACAUUCCAGGCUGGGUUCCUGUGGAGAAGGACAACAAACAGUACUGCUGGCACUCUUCUGUGGUGGAUUAUGAAGUCGGGGGAGCUCUUGUUCUCAGGCCUAGCGCUGACGACGAAGGCAUGCUAGAAAUUGCAGCAGUCCCAUUGACCGCCCUCCUGGAGCAAACGUUGGAGCUCAUUGGAACAAACGUCAACGGAAACCCUUAUGGAUUGGGGAGUAAGAAGCAGCCUGUCCACUGCCUGGUGUCACACGGGAGUGUUCAAAUCAGAAACCCUCCACCAGUGGACUUCCAGCAGCUGUGCUCCUGGUUCCAGGAGAGUCCAGAGGGUCGAGUUGAGGGCAUCGUCUGGCACUGCAACGACGGCACGCUCAUUAAGGUUCAUCGUCAUCACCUGGGACUGAGGUGGCCAGAUGAGGAAACCUGCCUUGGUGACAGGUCGGUGGUCAUUCAUGUUGAUGGGAUGGUUGAUGAAUACAACAGCAAGGACUUGUUCACAUCCUUCUCCAGACUAAAUGGACGCUGUUUCAGCCGACUUCAGGACAUCCAGUUUGAGUUGUAGACCCAGUCGGAGAAUAUCAAACCUUCCCACUGUGGCGAUAGCUGUUAGAUAUUUUCACCAGUAAUUCCAGUUGAGUACAGGGGAGUGUCCUAAAACCUGAAGACAGUUUUACAUUUGCCUUGCAGAAAUGUGUACAGCUUUAGUGUAGAUAUGAGUGACCGACAACUUGUGUUGUAAAAAUGUUCCAUUAAUAUACUGUAUGUUACAGCUCUUCUAUUGCUAAGUGAAGAAUAAAUGUAUGUGAGUAUGUA